AUGUCCGACGCUGCAGGCCAGCAGAAGGAGAGAUUUGCACCAAAGCAGCCCGUCGAAUUAGCUCCUGCGAAAGACGAUGUGAUUACACGCGAUUACCUGUCCCAAUGCGACGGUACCAACGAAGGCUUUCCCACGUUAGUGGCAAUCAAAGGCGAUGUCUUCGACGUGAGCGGGAAAGACACUUACACACCGGGCAAGCAGUAUCACGUAUUUGCCGGCAAAGAACCCAACCGCGCCCUCGGGCUCUCCUCGCUGAAGCAAGAAGACUGCAUCUCGGACUAUUCGGGCCUCUCCGACAAGGAGAAGCAAGUUCUGGACGACUGGCACACUUUCUUUUCUAAGCGAUACAGUAUUGUAGGGCGACUGCAGUCCGAGGGCAAUGCGUCUCUGUGA